AUGUACGACUCUUCCACCACAACUCUCCCAUACACAUACAAGUCCGUGCCAUCUACCCUUCCACCAACUGUUUUAGCGGACGGAACCGGCUCAGAAAAACCGCGCUACGUGGUUUCGUCCGGCGGCCACGCAGCCCACCCAGAUGAUAUUAUCGCUUCGUGCCAGGCGCUUCAGGAUCACAUCAACAAGCUGCGGGCAGAAACAGAAGCCAAGAUACGAGAAUGGGAAGAAGAAAAUCAGGCGCGAGAGCUUGCAGAGAAGCGACGGGUAGCUCCCGGGUGGCUUGACCGGGAGGAGAAGCUUCUUCAACCAGUACACACGUCGACAAAGCCCGGCGCACAUGCUGAGGCAAAUAUCUUAGAAGGUCAGCUAGCGGAACAAAGUAGGAGGGUUACCACAUCCCCUAUGAUACCAAAGAAUGAGGGAGAAGAGCUCGACCGUGCAUUCGGGGCGCUUUCACUGCGGUUGAACCCUUAA